AAUAUUUUUCGGUAUUUGAAGGUGGUUUAUAAACCCAGUGAGUUUGCCAUGUCGAAACUAUUGCAAAAUACAUGCUCAUGUGAGCGUACGAGCAAUUUUAAAAAAUGUGUGUUUCCAACACAGUCAUGUGCGGCAUGGAUGUUUACUAAAAAUGUGCAGGCCGAACACAUUUUUGAGCGUAGCCGUUUUUGCGUGUUGCGUUUUUGUGGGAAGGACGUUUUGUGUGAAGUUUUUGUUUCGUUUCAAAAUAAAAGUGCAAUUUUGUUCAAUAUUUCGAUUUUAAUUUGACCGAAUUCACCAUGGUUACUAAUGCAUCGAUGAUGGACAUUAAACUGCUAUCAUCCUCGGAGCCUUCUGACCUGACUUCAGAUUCAAUCAGCUACUGUCGGUACAAUCUUCGAAACCGAGGUUCCACGAUGUUCACCGCAUUGGCGGAAUCGGAAUGUCCCAUUUGUCUGUCCGAUGUGUUCGACAAGCCCGUGGUCGUCAAUUGUGGCCACACGUUCUGCAGAGAGUGCAUCCGUUCGUCGAUGGCCAAAUACAAGAACUGUCCCAUGUGCAAUCAGGUGCUCAUCGAAGCACUUUUCUUGAGUGAUCUAAGAUUUACCCGAAAGCUGAACAGCAGCAGUAAGCUUCAGGUGCCGAGUGCGAUCGAGACCAAUAAGAUCCAGAACGGUAAGAAUGCGAGCAACAGAAAAAGUGUCAAGCCUAAGUCUACAAAUAAUCAGAAAAAAUCCGUCUCGAAACCGAAGAAAUCGCGCACCGUUCAGUAGAAUGAUUUUCGCUUCGUAAAUGAGAAUCUUAUAGAGAACAGAGUUUUAUGUCCAUGUUCAUAUGGAUAUUCCAUUCAGUGUAUUUAUCCUAGUAAUGGAAUUUAUUUCAUAAAUAUAGAUGUUAAAAUAGAAAGAAUUGAUUUCUUGGUAAUUACAAGGCAUAGAUGAUACA